CAGACAGAUAGGAAAUGAGAGAGAGAGAGAGAGAGAGAGAGAGAGAGAGAGAGAGAGAGAGAGAGAGAGAGAGAGAGAGAGAGAGAGAGAGAGAGAAAGAAUGGAAUUAUAGGAACAAAGACAGAUAGACAAGGAGGCAUAGACACAAGGGGACAAAUGAAGUGAAAGCAGAGACACAGGCAGGCAUAUACAGUUAUAGGGGGAAUGCAGACACAAGGACUCAGAUAAUGAGGCAAAGAAGAGAAAAAUGAUGCAGGGGACAAAAUGAGCAAAAAAUAUGGGGGCUUCAAAUAUAGAGGGCACGAUAAAGGUAAGAGAGUGAUAAUUGUAGUAAGUAAUAAAGGGAAUAAGAGAAAAAGUGUAAACAGACAAAUUAACUGAGUGUGAGAUUAUAAAGGAAGGGCAGAAGGAGGCCGAAGAAAGAGGGGGUCAUAGAGUUGAGGAUAAGACACUAUGCAGAGAAAGGGGGGGAGAGAAGGAUGAAGUUCAGUGAGAGAAUAAAAGGACAGGCAAAUAUCAAGUAAUGGGAAUCCAAUAAGGACAGGGGAAGAGGAAGGUAAAAGAAGAUAUAAAAGAAAAGAGUGCAAUUUGUUUGAAUGGAAAGAUAAGGUAGAUGAGACAGAAGAGUAGAAAUUGGUUAGAGGGUGUUAUAGGCGAAAGGGGGGAAGAAAAUGGGGGAUUGGUUAGAGAUGUGGGACACAGGGAAAAACAGAUAGAUGAGGGACAGGUGGUACUGGAGCAGAAGAAAGGGGACUGAAAUGAAGGUGGAUAGUAUAAGAAAUUGGUUAUUGGGUCACAGGGGAGACAGAAUAGGAGUAAAGGGGCAUAGGGUGCAUAGGGGGUACAUAGGGUACAUAGGGGGUACAUAGUAGAGGAGAACAGGGGUAGUACAGGGGGUAGGAGAGAAAUAAGUGAGAGGAGGAGCAGUGGCUGGUGUAGAUAAGACAGACUCAGUGCGGGCGAGUGAUAAGUUCUUCAUGCAAUAGGAAUAUAGUAAGAGAAACAGACGCAAGAAGUGAUUAAAGAGGUUUUAAAGAGACAGGAGCAAUCCCAGGUCUGUCGGGUAAUCAAGGCGAUGCGAGGAAUGGGGCGCACACAGCGAUACAGACAGACAGAUGAGACGUCCCGGCACAAGCCCAGUGCCAGUGUAUAGAGGUCGCAGUUGAGGAGCCGGUGUGCGAGGGUCUGGGCUACAGCUGCUCCCCCCUAUGGAGCCCAACUCCUCGGUCCCGGGGAACGUGUCAGCCCCCCCUGGGGUGUCGUGGGACGAGCUGUUGAUCACGGGCACCUUCGGGACGGUACUAUCUCUGAUGUACGUGGCGGGGGUGGCGGGGAACGUGUACACGUUGACUGUGAUGUGUCAGUCCGUGAAGUGCGGGGCGUCCAUGUACAUCUCUAUCAUUAACUUGGCCCUGGCCGACCUGCUGUACCUCUCCAGUAUCCCCUUCAUAGUCUGCACCUACUUCGCCCGGGACUGGUACUUUGGGGACCUGGGGUGCCGCAUUCUGCUCAGCCUGGACCUGCUCACCAUGCACGCCAGUAUCUUCACCCUCACGGGGAUGUGCACCGAGCGCUACAUGGCCGUCACCAAACCCCUCGACACAGUCCGGAGAUCUAAGGGUUACCGCAAAGGAAUGGCCGGGGCAGUGUGGUCCCUGUCUCUGCUCCUCACUCUCCCCAUGAUGAUCAUGGUCACCCUCACUGAAGGCAACGGGAGAGGUGCCAAGAGAAUGUGUGCCCCCACCUGGAGCCUGGAUGCCUACAGGAUCUACCUGACUGUCCUGUUCAGCACCAGCAUCAUGGCCCCAGGCAUGGUCAUUGGAUACCUGUACAGCAGACUGGCCAGAACCUACCUGGAAUCCCAGAGGAACCCCAUUAAUAAGAAAGAGAACAAGAGGUCCCCCAAACAGAAGGUGCUCAUCAUGAUCUUCAGCAUAGUCCUGGUGUUCUGGGCUUGUUUCCUGCCCUUCUGGAUCUGGCAGUUGGUCAGGCUCUACGACAUGUCGCCCAAGCUCUCCUCCCAGACCCAAAAGUGCAUCAACUACUUAGUGACUUGCCUGACUUACAGCAACAGCUGCAUCAACCCCUUCCUCUACACUCUGCUCACCAAGAACUACAGAGAGUAUCUCAAAAACAGACACAAGAAGUUCUACAGGUUCACCUCAGCCUUUAGGAAGAGGGGCUCCAGUCUUCAGUGCUCCUCCUGGGGUCGCUCCAUGUCCAGCAGCAACCACUACGACUAUGGGUCCGAGUCCAUCGUAAUGACAAGUGUAAGAGACAUGAAGUGAAGGAUCUUUAGACUCAUCAGAGGCUAAAACAUCACAGAAGGGGCACCUGUCUCUGGGACUCCAUCUUUUGCUUCUCAUAUUGGAUUCUCCGGCCCUGACAAUGUGUCAGAACUCUGCAGCCAGGAGAUCCAAAGUCACUACCUCAAGGCAGUCAUCGAGCAUCGAUGUGAAACGCGUCAGGUUUGGCAAAUCCUAAAAGACAAUUCUGAUUGCUAUGUGGUUUAAGGAAUAAGCUGUAACUGUAAGGCUCUUACAGUUUGUGAUCUCAGCUUUUCUUGCUCCUUUUCCUUCUGGCUGUAAACCCCACACACAUUAUUAAAGGAAGCGUGCAUGGACUGAUGCCAUCUUGGUCUUCGUUUUUAUCAUAUGAUUCAUUCAUCAUCUCAGGAAAACCUCUCUAAACAUCUGAUGAACAGGGAAUUAGAAUAUGUAGCUUAAACAGGCACAUAUGCACUUUUAGGAGAAAUAAUAUAUUUCUAUAUUCAAUAUAGCUAAGGUUAAAUGGAUGUCAUUAUAUAAUAUCCCCCCCUCCCAUACCCAUCCCCCUGACUCAUAAGGAGUGCCACUGGGGAGGUGCAGAUUGCAGGCAGACCCUGUAUACAACUGUUUUUUAAAUGUGCACAAGGGGGUGCUCUUGGACUUACAUUUGGGGUCUCAGUAAAUGUUCGCAUUUUAUUGUCUCUGCCAUAAAGCAAGACAGGACUACAGUUGUUUAGCAGUAAGGAAAUACUAGGAAAUACAUUCCCUCUUUGAAGCCCAAAAAAUCAGUGGAGAAAAAUGAAGCAAAUUUGAUAUUUAUUGCUUAUUUCUGGGGUUUAAACUCUCUGUUCAGGGAAUUCCUGCUAUUUUAGAGGUUUGUCUUUUCGUAAAUGCUGAAAAAUUGUAAAAAAAAUAUUAAAUAAAAUUGAAGUGAUGAAGUUAAUAAAAAAUGAUUAAAUUA